GCGCCGGCAGUCUUCGUCCUCGACGCUCAGCAGUCCUUGCGUCGACAAAUCGUCGAACAACGCAAGACUACAUCAAAAUUUUGGCAGAAGACUUUUCUCUGGACUCUCUUUGCUAUACUGUAUCUCUCAGGCGAAGCUGGAAACACUGUCUGUUCGCAAUCUCGACUUACUACGAAGAAUUUUCUCGCGAGCAGCAUUCUUCCCUACGACGUCUCAACGACCGGUCCAUCAUGUCUACGAGUCUUGGGCUGGGGCAGGCGCACGAGUCUCAUUUUGGUCCAACCUCUGAAUAUAUCGAUAUCGCGGCAUUCCUCGAUGCUACACGCGUCUUGCUUCCAAACGAAGCCUCUCGGGCUGAUUUGUCCGACGCGCAACUACCGCAAAGGAAUAACACCGAAAAAGCAUGGAAGUCCGUACCAUCUGCACAACAAGCAGCGGUGGCUGCUGAAUGCAGUUUGGACGACUUGAAAGGGUCCUUUCAUGACACGCUCACCAAUCCCAGGCUUAUGGCCCAUGUGUGGAGAAGUCAUCAGGCUACCGUGCAGUCGAUCUAUGAGUCUGCGGAGUCAUCGAACCGCAGGAAGAGAAGAAAGGUGGCCGUCCCAGAGCCCGGAGAUGAGCAAGCGGACGUGACCGCUCUGCGGCACAGCAUGGACAAUAGCAAGCUGAAGUGCUGGCCUCUCACAUCGCACGCCGCGUCUUUCAUCCGUCCACCGAAGCAUUCCGAUCGCAACACGCUGGAACGUGCCAAAUCAUUUGGCAUGGGCACUGAUAGUAGCAAGGUGCAUGAGGCACUGGUAUUUGUCACGAUAUACAAUAAGCUUUCUUGGGGCCACCGCCAGCUUCUCCGUUUGUCGCAGCAUGUCCUGCUGUCGUCACAGACUCUUGGUGACCUAUACAAUGUGAUUCCAUGUGAAUCCGACUACAAUAACCAGGACGCCGGAAAUGAGCCUAGCCAGGGCAGCGGAGAGGAGUCGACUCCGAAUAGCGCGGAUACCGCACGGGAGGGCCACUCGGGCGCUGUUAUGUGUAUUGACAAUACCUUAUAUGGCGACGGACGAGCUCCAGAAGAUUGCGCAGAGAAAGUGUUGGACUUGCUCACCACAUUGCCGAGCGAUAGGAAGGAACGCCCCGAUUUUGCGAAAGGCCAACCAAUGCACGAAACCACCUUCGCUUCUCUUACUCCCCGUCUCCACCAGCCCUAUUGGCUCCUGCACGCGGGGAACUGCGAACAUCACUUCGUUAUUGAACACAUACGGUUGCACCAUCCCGCGGACCCGCCGACGACUGCGUACCCACUCACCACGCAUCUGACGCCUCCCUUACUCGACCUCUGUCGCGCGUGCAACAAGGUCCCUGCUGUCCAUACCAUACUCGGUGACAUGAGAUUGGGCGAAAGCCCUUUCGUCAUCUGCGACGCUUGUUGGACAUGGAUGGGGGAGCCAACAGGCGCGGGCGCGGAAGAUGUAACGGUUGUCCCGCUGCCGAAAUACGAACGUGGCUGGGUAACAUAAAUACUAGUCCGUAGCUUGACGAAGUUUAAAGCGGUUCAUCAGUCUCCUGUACGAUGACGCGCUGUAAUCACUUUUGCUGAAGAUGCAAAUGCAUUUUCAUCCCC